AAAAACGCCACGGCAAACGCCUUGCCUCCAUACCACACAGGUAGGUAGUCCCUAGUAGGAACCUAACAGGUGUCGUUUGCGGUUUGAUCCAACCAAACCCAACGCUUACAUCUACCUCCACCGCCACACACAGACAUCAGCAAGCCCCCCAUCACCAACACCGCCCCCGUCAGCCUCACUCCCACGCAGCAGCCCACCCACUAUCAAUCAAUUCAAAAUCAACCAACCAAACAUCCUAUACCCACACUGCACACACACAGUACACAGUACACAACGCGCCCUCGGGCUCCGGCUCCGCCCCCAAAAUCCCUCUCUCGUAAGUAUUACAACCCCCAAAUCCAACCCAGGGCGCGCGCGUGCCCGGCGGAGAUGGGAGUGGGAGCCCCCACGUUGCUGCUGCUGAUGCCCCUCCGUCUGUCCCACAGCCCACAGCCCACUUCUCCUCCCCGCCGGCGGGUGGAGCACUUUGCUCGCUCGGUCGGCAUCGGCACGCAUCGGCGAGUCGGACACGGGCGGUGCACGCGUCUUUCUGCUCCCCCCUCGAUGUCGUUCGCCUUCUACAAUAUUAUACAAUAUUGCUCGCAGAAGUGAGGCGCGCGGAAAAAAGUGUGCACGGCGGCGUCGCGGGCCUGAACGCUUUGCAUGCGCUUGGGCCGCGGGGAGGGGAAGAUGCCGUUUGCGCUGCUGAUGCUGCCCGGUAUUAUCGUCGUAUGCAUGGGUUACGGCAGGUGUAUCGUAAUCGUUUUCAUUUUUUCUUUACUCCAGCAAGACAAAAGCAGGCAAAACAACCCACCCAACUCACCUGCACCUGCCUGGGUUCAGCAUCCUCCUUCCUCCUCCUCUCUCGGAGAUAAACCAGGCCGCGGAGCGAAUUUGGGCCGCGCGAGCGCGCGUGCGCCGCGAAUUUUAGAGAGGCAGUAGACUUGUGGCUUUUCCGCCAGCGCGGCACCACGACUUGCCGCCAGCCAGCAAGACGGGACAGCCAGCCAGGCGAGCAGGAAUGAAGGAAGCGAGGCAAAGCAAGCGUGCA